AUGAAGUUCUCCACCGUCCUCGUCGCCGCCGCCGCCGUCUUCUCCCAGGCCUCCGCCCAGAACACCACAACCCCCACACCCAUCUUCACCCCCCUCGCCGGCACCAACGCCACCAGGGCCGGCCCCACCGCCCCUAUAAACAGGGUCCCCACGGUUCCCACUGCCACCGGGACAGGCUCUACCAUCCCCCCCACUGCCGGAGCCGACAUGAACCGUGCCAGCGGUCUGGCCCUCGUCGCCGCCGGUGUUGCCGCCUUUUACCUUCUCUAG